CAAACACAUCCAGUGUCAUUGCUGGAAAAAAUUCGCCUGCAUGCAUGCGGAUUUGUGUGCAUGAAAGAUGGCGGCAUCCUGCAAAAAAAACAUGAACGUCAGUGAAUCUAAAGAACAUGAAGAAUCAGACCAUCUAGAAGAAGAGGUGAAUGAAGAAAACCGCUCUAACGAUAAUAAUGGAGAAGUAAAAACCAAGAAGAAAAAGAAGAAAAAUAAGAAGAAAUGUGCGACAGCUUCAGCUGCUGUGAAUGGCGAAGAUCCGAAUCAUGUUAAAACCAACGGAGAACUUGGUCAGGAAGACAAGGAUGAUGAUGAUGCACCCGAAGGUGAAGCUGCUGCAGUGAAGAAGAAGAAGAAAAACCGAUCCAAAAAGAAAACCCCUGCUGAUGUCACUAAAACUGUAAUGGCAAAAGGUCAAACAGAACCUCCAACUAUCCCCAUUGUUGAACUUUUUCCUGAUGGUAACUUUCCAGUUGGGGAAGAAAUGGAAUACCCUAUUGUAGGUGAUGACAGAACAGCCAAGGACCGUUUCACAAGUGAAGAGAAGAAAGCUCUAGAUCGAGCACAAAUGGACAUUUACAAUGAAGUGAGAUGUGCCGCAGAAGCUCAUCGCCAGACCAGGCAGUAUAUGCAGCGCUAUAUUAAACCAGGGAUGACCAUGAUACAAAUCUGUGAGGAACUGGAAUCAACAUCUCGUAGAUUAAUAGCUGAAAAUGGACUUCAAGCUGGUCUGGCUUUCCCAACUGGCUGUAGCUUGAACCACUGUGCUGCACACUACACGCCAAACGCUGGCGACACCACUGUUCUGCAGGCAGACGAUGUCUGUAAAAUUGAUUUUGGAACUCACGUGAACGGUCGAAUAAUCGACUGUGCAUUCACGUUAACUUUCAACCCCAAGUACGACCAACUUCUUGAGGCUGUUAAAGACGCAACGAAUACUGGUAUAAGAGAAUCCGGCAUUGAUGUGAGGCUUUGCGACAUCGGGGCUGCAAUCCAGGAAGUCAUGGAGUCCUAUGAAGUAGAAAUCGAUGGAAAGACCUAUCAAGUGAAACCAAUUCGUAAUCUGAAUGGACACUCCAUUGGACCCUACCGUAUUCAUGCUGGGAAAACGGUCCCCAUCGUCCGUGGUGGCGAAACACGCAUGGAGGAGAACGAGUUUUAUGCAAUCGAAACGUUUGGUUCUACCGGUCGAGGAUACGUCCAUGACGAUAUGGAGACAUCUCACUAUAUGAAAAACUGGGAUGUUAGUCACGUCCCACUUAGGCUAGCAAAAUCGAAGCAACUUUUGAACGUCAUCAACCAGAACUUUGGAACAUUGGCCUUUUGUCGCCGUUGGCUUGAUCGGUUGGACCAAACUAAAUACUUGAUGGCGCUCAAGGACCUCUGCGACAAAGGCAUCGUAGAUCCUUAUCCGCCCCUCUGCGAUACAAAGGGCUGCUACACGGCCCAAUUCGAGCAUACCAUUCUCCUGCGACCGACAUGCAAAGAAAUCAUCAGUCGUGGAACCGACUAUUAAUCUCUCUAUUUUGAAUUGCCUCGUUUGCUCUGUUCAAAUUAACACGGAGAUAAGCGUGACUAUUUACAA